AAUGUCGAAGCCUUCACCAUUAGCAACUAAGAUUGUCAGUUAUGUUUUACCAUUUGUUGUUUUCGGAUUAAUAGGAUAUACUUGGUACAUUUACAUUUUUCGAAUUUGUGUUUAUCUAUUAUUAAGUAAACAAUCUGACAAUAAAGCAGAAGCAGUAAUAUUCAUGAUGAUUGCUAGCUUCCUUUGGAUAUUGGCCCUUUUGAGUUAUAUCCGUAUCUUGCUUACUUCUCCAGGCAAACCACCAUCUUUAAAUAAUCAUACCUCAUUACUACCACCUUAUUAUUAUUCACCUAAAUUAUUUGAUUGGUCUUCAAAUGACGUUGUUCUUUCGAUCAGUCGACAUGAUGGACAACCUCGCUAUUGUCAUUUAUGUCAAUCUUAUAAACCUGAUAGAACACAUCAUUGUAAAGAAUGUAACGCUUGUGUACUUAAGAUGGAUCAUCAUUGUCCCUGGGUAAGUGGUUGUGUUGGAUUUAAAAAUUACAAAUUCUUUUUCCUAUUCGUGCUAUAUACUGGAUUAUACGGGCUUUGGGUAUUUGUAAGCUCAUUACCAUUAGUCAUAAAGGGAAUACGAGAUAUGGAUACAAAUAUAGAUGCGCAAUGGUUAGCACUGAUUAUCAUAGCAUUUAUAUUUGGAUUAACAGUUUGUGGAUUUGCAGGUGUACAUGUCUAUUACAUAAUCAAAAAUGAAACCACAAUCGAGCAUUUAGCAGAUAGGCCAAUAGAAAUUAGAAUUGAUUUUGAUACCUCGGGACAAAACUUUGAGGUUGUUCAAAUGCCGCCUCAAAUUAAUUUGUGGACGCGUUCAAGGAGUGACAAUUGGAAAUCUGUCAUGGGCACCAACCCCUGGACAUGGUUUAUUCCUGUAAGAGGUGGGUUAGUAGGUGAUGGUACUGUUUUCCCUUACAAUGAUACUAUAUAUCAACAGCUUUUAAAUAAAGCAAUACAGCAAAGACAAAGUAUGGAUGUUGUAGUACAAGAUUAUUACGAGCCAGAAAGGAUAUCUUCAAUAGAAAGUACAGCAUACAUGACAUAAAAUAGACCUGUUCUAUAAUAAUAAUAAUAAUAAUAAUAAUACACGCAUGAACUAUUUAUUGUUAAAAAAAAAGGAAGGUCUAUUGUUUUAUUGUCUGUAAAAAAAAAAAAA